UGUACUUAUUGUCUGCGUCGGAGGCAAAGGAGUGCAGAGAGAGAGAGAGUGAGUGAGUGAGAGAAGGGAAAGUAGGGAAGAGAGGAUAAUCAUGGCGUCUCUCCGCUUUUGUCUGCGACUGUUAGCAAUCACGGCUUUGAUGGCCACACUGGUGUUCACAGGUACCUCAGGUGAAGGAGGCCUGAAAAAAAUCCUGAAGAAGAGAGAAGUGGUGGGUGGUGAGGCUCCGUCCUCCAGUGUGAAGAUGUCCUCCUCCAAGGCCAUGCAGUUCCUGGUCUCCCUCAAGAGGCCCAAGAGGAACCUGUGGGACCGGAGCCGUCCCGACGUGCAGCAAUGGAUCCAGCAGUUCAUGCUGAUGGGCUACGACGAAGCGAGGCUGGAGGCUGAUCUGGCCUACUGGAAGGACCAGGCACAGGCCAAUGACCAGGGUCGGCAGCACCACUACGACGAGAACGCCGCGCUGGGUCCACGCCACGCCACUGGCUACAGACACGGGGCCAACGUCAAUUACGACUACUACUGACCUGUCUGACCUGGAACACACACACACACACACACACACACACACACACACACACACACACACACAGUGACCCCAUCUUCACUGUGACUCACCCUUUGCUCUCCUGACAUGGGAAGAUUAACUUCCGUCCCAAUGCCAGGUGGAGGAGGCAGGCAAACACCAGUGUAUUACUUUGCCUUCAUCCUUUGUACUCUGUCUUUUCCCUCCUCCAGGUAAACAUUGUUAUUCUUGUCUGUGGAACACCUCCACAGUUUUACAAUCUUCUGUUCAUUUAGGCAUCGCAAGUACAGCAUUUGUUACAGCCUCAAAGUGGUAUGAAUAUAAUAAAGCGCUUUGAGAAUUUCA